AUGGCAUAUGUGAACACCAAUGAAGUUGAUGGAGAUCACAUUUGGUUCCUGGAUUUAGGUUACAGUAACCAUAUGUAUGGAAAAAGGGAUAUGUUUUCAGACUUUGACAACAACUUUCGAGAGUCGGUGAAUUUGGGCAACGACUUGAGUCUCAUUAUGUUAGGCAAAGGCAAUAUAAGAAUGGAGAUCAAAGGGAUGAUACAAGUUGUCACUGGAGUUUUCUAUGUGCCAGAGCUAAAGAACAAUUUACUGAGUAUUAGACAGCUCCAAGAGAAGGGACUUGCGGUGCUCAUGCAACAUGGAAAAUGUAAGAUUUUUCAUCCUGAGAAAGGUCUUAUCACGAAGACUGAGAUGUCAUGCAAUCAGAUGUUCGUAGUGCUUGCACAAUGUCCAUCAAAGGAGCAAAGGUGUCUUUCCUCCCUGACCAUAGAUCAAUCCCAACUUUGGCAUUGUCGUUAUGGACAUCUUAGUUGGAAUGGGCUUAAAAUUCUCCAACAAAAGAAGAUGGUUGAUGGGUUACCUCAGAUCAAAGCUCAUUUGACAGUUUGUGAGAAUUGUUUAGUGGGAAGGAAACCUCGUGAUCCAUUUCCAAAAGAAAGUAUAUGGAGGGCGUUUGAGACUCUUUAA